UUUUCUUUUUUUUCUUUUUUUUUUUUUUGGUUUCUUCCUUUCUUUUGUCUUUUCCUCUCUUCCUUUUUAUGUUUUUUUUUUCCCCUUUCUAUUCAGAGCCAGCCAUUAAUCAAAAUUUCACAUUCUUUCAAGAAUUGCAUCGCAUCGCAUUGCAUAGCAGCGAAGAUGGCUUCGUCGUCUGCUAUUCUCUCUCCUAGCAUCCCUUUGCAGUUGUGCUUGUGGAAGAGUGAAAAUGCUCUUGUGAUGAAGCCAAGAUGGGCAGGGAAUGGAAAAAGAAAGGGAAAGGGAAUGAGAAUCACGUGCCAGGCAAUGACUGCUAUGAUGGAUGAUAAAGUACCGGACAUGGGUAAGAGGCAACUCAUGAAUCUGAUUCUGCUGGGCACUAUCUCACUUCCUAGUGCUGGAAUGGUCGUUCCCUAUGCUUCUUUCUUUGUACCUCAUGGAGAAGGAGAAUUUGUGUCUCUAUGGACUUCCAAAUGAGACAUGGGAUGUUAAUCUACCUGUUGAGGAGGUGCCUCCUGAGCUUCCAGACCCAGCCUUAGGUGUAAAUCAUGAAAGGGAUGGGAUGCAAAAGAAGGAUUGUUUGUCACUAGUUGCUGACGCAAUUGUUAAACAAAUAUUUAUUUUAGAGCAAGUUACCCUUUUCCGAUGCUGUUUCAGCUGUAAUAGAAGAAUUGAGUGCCUAAUCCAUACUGAAAACUACUUGUAUUGUGAGAGUAAUCAUAUGCUAUCUUUUGUAAAUUUGAGCUUUGUAGGUUGACUGGUGUAGAAAGGAGCAGAUUUUUAUUUAAUUAAUUAGGAAGGUUCUUAUUUAAUUAAUUAGGAAGAUUUACAUUAUUUUAGGAUAUUUACUUAUUUAGUUUAUUUCCUAAUAAAUAGGAUCAGUCCAUUGACUAAUUCUUUGGGAUUUAACUUCCUUGAUUUGCAGGGAUUACUUUCCUAGUUUUGUGGACUGGAAUGCCAGCCACAUCUAUGUUAAAUAGACUUGUAAUUCAUUUUCAGAUUAGUAUGAGAAUUUCUUCCCUCUCAUCUCAAAAGUCUA